AGACUGCUAGGCCUUCUCUGGUGAAGGUACACCCAGUCUGGUCAUCACCAUGGACGGCAAGAGACAAGGAUCACUCUUAUUGCUGCUGCUUAUGUCAAACCUGCUCCUGUGCAAGAACGUGGCUUCCCAGCCCAUGUGUCCCAGUGGGUCUAGCUGCCGGGUGUCCCUCCGAGACCUGUUUGAGCGUGCCAUCAUCCUGUCCCAUUACAUCCACAGCCUCUCCUCAGAACUUUCCCAGGAAUUUGAUGCGCAGUAUUCCCAGGGCCCAGAGUUUUUUACCCAGGCCAUGAGCAUGUGCCACACCGCAUCCCUCUCCACUCCGGCUGGCAAGGAGCAGGCCCAUCAAAUUCACCAAAAAGACUUUGUCAUCCUGGUCAUCCACUUGCUGCGCUCCUGGACUGAACCACUGAGCCACCUUAUCAUAGAAGCAAAUCACCUGCCAAAAGCCCCGGAUACUCUCAUAGCAAAAGCCAUGGAGAUUCAGGAACAAAACCAACGACUUCUAGAAGGCGUAAAGAAGAUAAGCAAGCUGGUUGAUCCAGAAAUCAUAGACAAUGGCGACUACUCUGUCUGGCUGGGACUUCCAUCCUUGCAGUCAAAUGAUUUAGAAUCGCGCCUGUUUGCUUAUCAUAAUGAGUUCCGCUGCCUGCGCAGGGAUACACAUAAGGUCGACAAUUAUCUCAAGUUCCUGAAAUGCCAAAUCGCCUAUGAUGGCAGCUGCUAACUAAGCCUGUAUCCAUUACAUCUAUUCCUCCAGCCUUGGAAAGCUUCUUCUAGUUUUAUGGCAUUUUAAUGCAUGCUUGGGUGUAAGGGUAUAAAGCGAUCCUUCUUUUAAAAAGAAUAAAAACUCUGUAGCAUUGU